CAAUGCGGCCCCGCCACUCGCCAUUUUUCAUCGGAUGACAGCGAGGACAACGCUGCCGCACGGGGCGGCAUGUUUUCACGGGACGCCCCUGAAGGUAAAAGUGCACGACGGCGCGUCUCCUUCGCUCCACCUUCGUUGGAGUUGCAAAGAAGGCACAAUAAGGCUGGCGGACGCCUUUUCACGCGUGUAAAUAUGAGACAAGUUGAAGUCACGUCACGGACUUACUAAAUGGGGCUUCUCCUACUGGGCCUGAUUCUCCGCUACUGGAUCAACACUGUGGAAGGUUCAUGUUCAGCUGAAAGUGCUGCCACAUGUGAUGUAUGUCUCCAACUUGGUCCACACUGUGCCUGGUGUACACAGGAGAAUUUCACCAACUGGUUGUCAGUUAGUGAAAGAUGUGACACACCGGAACGUUUGCUUGAAAAAGGAUGCGCAGGGAGCCUAUUGGAGUUUCCCAUUUCCAAAAGUGAAAUCCUCGAGAAUCAACCGCUUGGGAGAAAGCGUGGCAACAUGAACCUGACGCAGAUUUCCCCCCAGAAAAUGGCGCUCAAGCUCCGACCUGGCAGUCAGGUCACUUUUCAAGUGAAAAUCCAGCACACUGAAGACUAUCCAGUGGACCUCUACUACCUGAUGGACUUGUCCGCGUCUAUGUAUGAUGAUCUCAACAUGAUUAAGAAUCUUGGCUCCACUCUGUCCAAGGAGAUGGCCAACCUUACUAGUAAAUUUAGAAUGGGAUUUGGUUCUUUUGUGGAGAAACCUGUUCUGCCCUACAUCAAAAUCACCGAAGAGGAGCUCGCCAACCCUUGCAGUAGCGCCGGUCACACCUGCUUGCCAACAUUUGGGUACAAACACGUCUUGUCCCUUUCGAGUAACACGGACAAGUUCAACAAGAUGGUCUCCAUGCAGCGCGUGUCAGCAAAUGUUGACAUACCUGAGUGCGGCUUCGACGCGGUCAUGCAGGCAGCUGUUUGCGGGGACAGGAUAGGCUGGAGGAAUGAUUCCAUGCGUUUGCUGGUGUUUGUCAGUGAUGCCGACUCACAUUUUGGGAUGGACAGUAAAAUGGCCGGCAUUGUCAUUCCCAACGACGGACAGUGUCACUUGGAUGCCAACAAUGAAUACUCCAUGUCUACACAGCAGGAGUACCCAACUCUGGGUCAGUUGAUCGAUAAAGUCGUGGAAAACAAUAUCUUACUGAUAUUUGCCGUGACUGAAAAGCAGAAGCUGAAUUAUGAAAACUAUGCAAAUCUCAUUCCCGGUGCCACUGUUGGAGUCGUGGCAACAGAUUCUCGCAACAUCUUGGAGCUGAUUUUAACCGCGUACAAAGAAUUACGAUCAGAGAUUGAAUUGGAGGUCAUUGGAGACACAGAAGAGCUGCGGAUGUCCUACGCUGCCAUUUGUCCAAAUGGUACGGUCCUCUCGGAUCUCAAACGGUGUUCUAAUGUCAAACCUGGACAGACGGUGGUGUUUAAUGUGUCUGUUGAGCUUCCUGGAUGCCUUUCUGGAAGUCGGCACUUCUCCUUAAAGCCUGUGGGUCUCCAGGACACUUUGGACAUCCAAUUGGAGUCUUUGUGCUCCUGCGAGUGCCCUCGGCCUCCCGAAGCCAACAAUGGCAGCCGGUGCACAGAGGGUCAGGGGACUUUCCAAUGCGGCGUUUGCGCGUGUCACGCCGGCUUCUCGGGAGCAGAAUGUGAAUGCAAUGAGGAAAGCGCAUUGUUGAGCGACUGCUUCGCAAACAAUGAGACUGACAUAUGCAGCGGUCAAGGGCAGUGCUACUGCGGGAAAUGCACGUGUGACGCAUCCAGCUUUGGUCGCAUCUACGGACCUUAUUGCGAGUGUGACAACUACUCAUGUGUUCGCUUCCGCGGGGAGCUGUGCGGAGGCCACGGAGAGUGUGACUGCGGAGAGUGCCGCUGCCAAAGUGGCUGGACAGGCGAAUACUGUAACUGCAGCAGCAGCACUGAGGCGUGCCUUUCUGAAGAUGGAGUCCUGUGUAGCGGUCGGGGAAAGUGCGAGUGCGGCCAGUGUGUCUGCUUGGUAGCGGGAGCAUCAGGGGACUUGUGUGAGAAAUGCCCCACAUGUGGAGAUGCCUGCUCUACAGCAAGGACAUGUGUCGAGUGCCAUCUCCAUGCGAAAGAGGAUGCGGAGCUAUGUGAGCAAAACUGCAGUCUCCCCAAGAUUUAUAUCAACACAACAGCAGAAGUAGACAAGAGCGCCUCUAUGCAAUGCACAUUGAUGUCGGAAAAUGAGUGCUGGAUCUCGUUUAGUGUGCUCGGAGGGGACGCGAUGACUGUUUACAAUCCUCACAUUUACGGGUGUCCCGAGCCGCCCGACAUCCUUAUGAUCAUCCUGGGGGUCUCCCUAUCCAUUGUGUGCAUUGGACUGAUCCUGCUGGCUGUCUGGAAAGUGCUGGUGUCGGUUCAUGACCGGAAAGAAGUGGCCAAGUUUGAGGCCGAAAGGGCAAAGGCAAAGUGGCAGUCGGGGACCAACCCGCUGUUCAAAAGCUCAACAUCUACUUUUAAAAAUGUUACCUACAAGACCACAGAGCGGGAAAAGAUGAUUACAAUGGAUCACUACUGAUGAUUAGCUGGAGGAAAUGCCAACCAGCAUCUGAGUGCACUUAGUGUUUGUGUGAGCAUACUGAAUCUGUGCUUUGUGAGUGCUUGUGUAUGUUACAUUGAGUGAAUGAUAUUUUGACAUGUUUUUCUUUGUACUACUGCAAAAAACUCUGGAUUUGUUUCAGAAAUGUAAGACGGGAAUACUGACAACCCUAUGAACAGUGAUGACUGUAUCAUACAUUUGCUGCUGUUGAACUGCAGUUUCCCUGCAGGUGCAAAUGCACACUGACUAACACACUGAUCUCUACUGUCUGCUGCAUGUACGUACAAGCAUCAACAUGGCAGGUGAGAGGGAACACUAAAAAUAGUGGAGUGGUUGACUACUGAAAAAAUGUUGUCUUUGUUUGUCUUUAUUGUCCAUCCAAUGAAUGUAAAUGUAAAGUAUGUUCUUCUUUAACUGUAAAGUAAGGCUGAGCCUUCAAAAAUGACAAUAAAAUGCAAUA